CUUUCCCCCCUUCCCCGCCCCCAGCAUUGAAAACAGAAGGGCAUUAUUUUCAAUCUUUCACACUAUAAAAAAAGGUUCUAAUGGCCGAAAAGUGCUGCUUAGUUGUCGUACUUUUGACUGGUGCACAUCGUUCAAAUGUUUAAAGUUUACCUACCUGUAAAGAAAUAGUGACUCUGUUCUUUUUUGUCCAGUUACUUUGAGGCGAUGUUUCGAUCAUUCAUGCCUGAGGACAAUACUGUCACAGUAAGUUAAAACGGUAGUUUUUAAUCUGAAAGCUCAAGCAUGCAUUCUUUUUAAUCUAGUCUGAUCAGCGCGCUUCAAUAAUUGUUAUUUAACUUGAUCUUCAUGUGGUCAAAUAAGAGUAAUGAUCCUUUCGUUUCUUUUCCCCGUGUAAAAACCGCUGAUAAUCGUAAUAAGACCUGUUGUCAGUGAUCCGUCCCUUUAUUACCUCCCUUUAUGUCUAGAACGCCUACAUAGUGUUAAAUAGUCUUUAAAAAUAGUCUUUGAAAAUAACACUUCGAAAAGUGUUAUCAAAUUGACCACAGGACAGUCUAGUCUGGUCAGACUAUUCCUUAAUACAGUCGAAUCUCCAUUAAGCGGCCACCUAUUAAGCGGCCACCCUCUAUUAAGGGGCCAGUAAUCAAAGUCUCGAAAUAUUUGUAGAAAAGAUCAGCAAAUUUUAAAACCUCUAUGAAGCGGCCGCGUCAGCUUUGGACUGUCCCAACGAUAGUUCUCUCAUUGUUGUCACCUCCAUUAAGCGGCCAUCAAGCGCUUGAUACACUUAGCUCGGCUUCAUUCUUAGAAUAUGACGAAGGAAAAUACUGUCUGAGAUAAUAAACGGUGACGACCGAUUGUGGAAUAGUAUAGUAAUGCUUCUCCCAUCGUGCGUUUCUUUCAAAAUAAAGUGGCGUUUCUGCUAAAGAUUAUGCUCAUGUUAUGCGGAUUUAUGACGAACCUCCAUUGAGCGGUCAACCUCCAUUAAGCGGCCACUUGCCGGUACCCUGAGGGUGGCCGUUAAAUGGAGGUUCAACUGUAGUAGACACAUAGCGUGCGUACGAGGAAUCUCCGUCCCCGCCUUCAAAGCCCCCCCCCCUUCCGCCCGCCGCCCCCUGCCCCCCUCCGAGAGCUUACUUGCGUACGCUAUAUGUACACACGGCAGUGAUGUGUCUUAAAUGAAAGGUAUAGAAAAAGAAUAUUUCAUCUUUAUAAAGACUGGUCGGUCCGGCCAGUUCUGACUUUUGGUUAGCGCUCUCUUAUUUUAUUCUCUCUCUCCUUUUAUUCAUUGUAAACAUGUUCGUUACUAAAUUGCUCUUAUCUUCCCACGUCUGUUUGAACCCUCCAUAUCAUUGCCGCUGAGAAUGAGAAGGGUAGGCAAGAAUAAAUGUAAAGGACUUGUCGUUCCACGAUUUUGGUGACUAUUCUAAUCAUUCUCAAAACUGAAAAGUAACAAAGUCAGUAGGUGAUCCACCUGUGUGAGAGGCACGAUUCCGCCAACUGUUUUUUGACGUUAUCCUCAAGUUCCGAUCAGUUCAUUUUUUGUCAUUUGCUGUUUUUUGUUACUGAUGAUGCUCAUCUACAUCUCCACCUCCAUCAGUAAAUUGCAAAAUCAUCAGCAACCCUGAUUCUAGGGUUCUCUCUUACCUGUCUCUGGGAACGAAGUUGCGGGACUGGUAAGAGAGAACCUGGGAACGAGUAUGAAUCAUCAGGGGUCAUGUCACAGGUUUCACGACUGGAUUUCUCUUUCAGUAGAACAAUGGAUUAAAACUCCCCUAUUUAUUUUUCUAGAUUACUAUUGGUGAGACUAUUCCCUCUCGAGAGGCCUUUAAUUCGCUCCUUCAUUAUAUCUAUCAUGGAGAUGUCACCAUGCCGCCUGAGGACUCACUGUAUCCUUUGUUUUAAAUUCAAGCCAGAUUUUGCUUUUCUUUCACGCGUUGUAAGCACAGCUAAAGGGCAUCUUCGCUUUGUCUUAAAACACUGAAAAUCGAACACUUGCAAAAAACGCUCGGAAUAAGAAUCCAUCCGCAUAAAAGGACAACUAUAUUGUAAAAAAAUGUCUUAAUAAGUAAGCCUGAGAAUAAAGUAGUUCCCCUUUGGAUCUUUUUUUAAAGAAUAACGUUACUAAAAUUAAUUUUUCCAAGACAAGCUGUUAAACAAAUAGAAUAAUUUCUUUCCUUAAUAUUCCUAACAAGAUAUCUUUUGUCUGCUCCGUACUUUUUUGGGUUCACUAACAAUAGACUUCAGGUAUGUGUUGUUUAUCAUCUUGUUACGUUGAGCAAUCGAAGUCCAGACAAACAAAUGAAACAAACAAAUGUUAACAAAUGAAUUCGUUCUUUGCACUUUAGGCCUUCUGUAAACAGAACCUGGAAAUGAAUGUCUCAUUUGAAAACGUUGUCGAGGUAGAAGAUACGAGUUAAUAUAUUAAGUACUCAUUUAUAUCUUAGAUGUAAAACAUUGUAUCUACCCAACCCUCUGUUCCCCAUCCCUGAUGCGGUAUACCCGUAUAGCCGUCUCGUUUGUGGGCAAAUGCGACGGCUAAACGUCUAUACUAUGUUGCACACGAUUCCACCCUUUGUAAACGCACCCCAGAUUAGCGGAAAAUAUGAAGCAAAAUUUAGAGAGUAAAAAGCAUCACGUUUACUGCAAACUGCAAACAGUAGAGAUGAGGAGGUAACCAUUUUCUACCCGUUGCCGUUUGUCUCUAACCGUUUAUAACUGACGUGAAGAUGAGUGCUUUUCUUUCACUUUCAUGAAAAACGCGCGAGAUAGAACUUUACUUCAGUGGAUACCGUUCUCGGAUUCGGGGUGCAACCCUAUGAGCCGUCUCUGCCACUUGCUCUAAACGUGAUGCUUACAAACCUGCCUUUUCUAUUUCGUCUUCCAAGUGGGCUUUUUUAACGAAUAAUUUCUUUUCCCUUUAGCCUUAUCACUCCUAGUUUGCAAUCACGUGACAAGGUGGCCAUGUUGGCUAACAAAACAAAAUUUUUUCCGCAGAAAUAGAGAAGAGAAGUGUGACGUCACGUAACCCUGCUAGCAAAAUUUCUGGAUCUCAACAAUGCUAACUUGGCAACGUGGCGUAACGACUUCUACUAUCUAUUUACAUAAUAAAAAAGUUAAGUUCCCGGCGAUGGGAAACGCUUUUGGUCUCAUCGACCAAAGUGGCUGCAUUGCCGUCGGCUGCAAACCAGCAAUAAAUUUUGGAACAUUUGUUCCCACAAUAAUUCCUAGUCUAGCAAGAUUCUUUGAAGUACAGUUUAUACUUGAAGAAAGCUCUUAUCUGUACUUAACUAAUUACAUGGAUGUGAACAUUUUCACCACUUUUGCCAGAUUCUUGAGGCAGCUCAUAGAAUUGGAGCCACAGACAUGAAGAAGCAUGCACUCGAGCUUGUUGUUGGACAUUUUCCCAAGGUAACGGCUGCAGUUCGCGGAAAAGGGACGCAUUGGUUGUGCAAUUAUCGAAGAGUUUUUAACAAAGAAGUUUUGAUUGAAAAUAAAAUUUAACAUGUGCUCGCUUGGUUUUUCGUUUGUUGACCUGCGCGAAACCGCACAAACAAAUUUGUGAAAAUUAAGUGCACGUGCACGGAACCGAUCAAUUACAAACAUGUUGCUUCUUAUCUGACCAAUCAGAUGCUAGUGAAUACCUUUGGGACACAAAUAUUUUCCCGCGCCUGGAACAAGUCUGUUUUCCCGCGCUUAGAGCCACUUGCCUAUUUUGCUUUUUGUUAGUUGAUUUUUGUGCACCUCGUCCUUGUUCUAUUUGAUGUUUUGCAUUUUAAUUUGCUUGUUUUUAAUACUUUUCUGACUGUCAUUAAUUAGAUGUAGCGAUCUUCCCUCUAGCUAACGACCAUUAAGUACGCUGUCAGUAUAUUACCUAGAUUUUAUAGUAAUUUGCUUCCAUUAUCGUAAAAAUGGGAUUCAAGUCCACAAGACCUCUGUCACUGCUAAGCCAUGAGUAAUCCGUGGUAAUAUACGUAAUUUACGAGUUCUGUUAGGAGAACAUGUUCUUUGUCAGACGGAAGAAGCAUGUAGUCUUCAGGACGCGCAUGUAUCAUUGAGUUCUUUCGUGAUUGCUUUGUAACCAGCUAAAAAAUGUCUUGCGCGCCUUUUUCGACCAGUUACCAAAACCAAAACCAAUCGUUCUCCCCGCGCAUUACGCCGGUUCUGAUUGGCUCGUUGCAUAGCCUAUUAUGUGGUUUACUUCUUGUUUGGGUCUACAACAGACAAUUGAAACUGCACUCUAAAUCAAGUGAGGUAAACUACAACAGCACGCCACGAGUCUUCCUGUAGAGGGAGAUCCCGGGGCCCUUUUCUCGAGAGGCCCGUAACCCUUCGAGGAAAUUUUGAAAUCAAAACAUGUUGAAUAGUAGCACAGUUCCUAGCUCACAAACCGGCCAAUUUUGCUUUGUUAACUGAUGGUUACAUUAUCUCAUUUUCAAAGUUACUGAAACUUUGAUCUUGAAUGCUAACACAGCAAACGUAAAAGAGCUUUUUGGGCCCGAAAAGUUAUCGGGACUUUCGAGAAAAGGGCCCCCGGACGGUCAGAUGAGUUGCCCCACUCCUGUCGGCGAACUCACACUUCUUGCUCGUAACAGUCUCAUCACAUCAUUCUCAUAAACACUUUUUCUUUCUUUUUCCUCAGGUCGCCAAAUCUCCGAAACUGAGACGGCUUAGCAGAGACUUGUUGUUGGAAAUUCUGGACGCCAUUGCGGACCACUUAAAAGACUUCAACCUUGCUGUUAACUCGUGACAAAGCGGCGUCUACUUAUCAAAUGUCUGAAUCCAUAUCUUCCGCACGAUGUGAUACCUGACUUUCCGCGCCGGCGCAGGCCACAGCGUAACGAUGUCGAAUUAAAUCCCAACGCCUGUGUAAAUCUCUGAUAAUGCUUGGAUUCGAUCUGAAUAAGAGGAUGCAUCUGUAAAUUGAGGAUCUUAGGAUGCUGGACUAUUCACCCCUUCUUCUCUCCCCUUUUAAAUGCCUUCUGGAUGAGUACUGUAACGAGAGGGUGCGUAGAUAAGGCGCGCGUGUUGCUGAAAAAUCUACUCCUCUGCUUUCCUGUGUAAGUCCACGGGGCCUGUUUCUCGAAAGUUCCGGGAGCUUUCCGGGCCCGGAAAGCUAUUUUGUGUAUGCCGUA